UCGAGACGCUGAUGUGUGGACGUCAAAGCCGCCGGUUCGAAUCGGGUCGUGUUAAAUGCAUUGCUACGUUCGUUUUGUUAAUGAUCCUCUUUUAUGAAUGAAACUCGAGAAGUCCUAGAUUAUUAAAUAAAAUUUUACAGAUUCUUCUACUUCAACAUAUAUAUAAGUCUUACGAUACUAGAGAAUGGUACACGUAAUUUUCAGAAGAUGUAGCAAAUGAGUUGACAUUUAUUGGGGCACCAAGUGCCAUGCCUCGGUGAUAAGGGAGACAUGGCACUCCUGCUAAUUGUGGGGAUACUUGUCUGCAUUCCACUAAUGACAGCGGCUGAGCAUAUCGCUAUACUUUCUGAAUAUUGUUAUCACUCCAUCGAUUUGGAUUAUUUAGAGAGACAACUAGAAAAUAUGUCAAUCACAAUUGCCCCACUAGAAAAGAUGUGCUUCGAUAAACAAGAAAUUCUUCGAACAGUUGUGAACUCAAGAUCGGUGAUUGGGUCUCUUGAUGCCAACAUGUGUGAUCCUAGCUAUUUCAUAGCAAACUUUUACAACACAAGUCUCAUAACUUGGUCAUGCCCUCAGAACAAUGCUGACGAAGAAACGGUCACUUUGAGGUCCCUUGCUCCUUCAAUGGUUGACAUCGCCAGGGCGUUUGCAGUGACCGCAACAUCUAUGAAAUGGAGAAAUAUUGGAAUUAUAUCGAGUAGAGAGGGAUGGUGGCCGGGGUUGUCGCAAACGCUGGACGUUGAAUUGCGAAAAUCGGGGAUUGUUCCGCGAAACUUUUUCAUUAUUUCCAAAAGCACGACGGACUUCCAACUCCAGGGAAACUUCAAAGCACUCGUUAAAAGCAACUGUCGAGUGCUGAUAAUCUGUUCCUCAGCGAACGAUAUCGGUCGAAGAAUUCUAGACUCAGCGAGUAAUUCCAGCUUGAUUGGGACGACUGGGGCGUCCCUGAUCCUGCUGGACGUAGCCGCAAUACCGUCGUGGAGUUUCGAACUCAUUGGCGAAGUAACGUCGACGAUAUCGUCGAUUGCUUUCGAUCGACCAGCCACCGACCGCAUAAACAGUUCGAGUGAUAUUUCGCGGAAGAAUUUCCUGAAUCGUUUCGGUUCGACCUUUACAAAUUCGAUAUUGAUAUUUUCCGAAAGCGGCGGUAAGAACGGGACUUUGGAAAGUCUAUUGUUGGAUAAAAUUGAAAGAGCUCUCGCGAUGUUUGAUGAGAGUGAAGGAGCAAGGGACGCGACAGAGUAUAAUUUUUACGAAAUUCAACCGUACGACGAAAGGAAUAAUUUGCGGGCGAUUCUGCGGGUUUCGAAGUGCGAAAAUUGUAGCGAAUUUAAAAGUGUUCCAAUUCAGGCCAAUUUGGACGAAUGGCUUCUUCGUCAUAAGACCGACGACGAUUGCGAAAACUGCGAGAGCGACGAGUUCGCGAAAAUCGUGAGCGUGAUUGUUAUUUUGGGGUGCUCGUGUGUGUUUGUUAGCGUGAUUUUAGGAGCAGUUGCUCUUGCGAAAUAUCAAAUAAAAAAGAAAAAACUGUCAAAGGGGCCGUAUAAAGUUUUACUGACGGCGACCGACUUCGUUUUUCCCCAAAUCGCAGACAGCCGGAGGGUAGAUGAAGGUAUAGAAGCAAUGCUGUGUUGUUGGUUACAACAAUUACAGGAAUUUGGUGGUCCUGAAGUUGAUAAACCUGAUCUUUUGCAAGGUUCAAGUGGAUCAAUGAGGACGCCUCAUCGGGUUGAAUCAAAUCCUAAUUUGGCGAAGCAGAUAAUCAUUGAUGCAAGGGUUAGGUACAAUGGAGAUUUGGUUCAAAUGAAGCCGCUUCCUCCCGGAAAUGUUGAGCUCAAGGCAAAAGCAGUGGAGUUACUGGUAAUUCUUCAUGGAUUAAGGCACGAAAACCUUAAUCCGCUGAUAGGAUGUCUUGCUGAGCCUCCACGAGCUGCCCUUGUGACCGAAUGGUGCUCGAGAGGUUCGCUACAGGAUGUGCUACAACAGGACGAAAUCAAACUCGACUGGUCUUUUAGGCUUAGCCUUUUGACGGAUCUUGUUAGGGGGAUGAAAUACUUACAUUCUACGCCAAUUAAAGUGCAUGGAUAUUUAACAUCAAGAAACUGCGUUAUUGACGCUCGAUGGGUUCUUAAAAUUACAGAUUACGGAUUACCCACUUUCUAUGAAGCCCAAGGCAUACCUGUGCCUCAGAAAAAUGCGAGGGAGCUUUUAUGGACUUCCCCGGAACUACUGCGUCAUUCUGGUUUACGUAAAAAAGGAACCCAGCCCGGGGAUGUCUACUCCUUCGGGAUAAUUUGUCAGGAAGUGGUUGUCAGGGGUGAACCGUUCUGCAUGUUCGCUCUAACACCCGAAGAGAUCAUCGAAAAGGUAAAGCAUCCUCCGCCACUGAUAAGACCGUCGGUAAGUAAGGGUGCAGCGCCGCCGGAAGCAAUAAACAUCAUGCGUCAAUGUUGGGCCGAGCAACCCGAUCUGCGACCCGAUUUUAAUGCUGUUCACGAUCUCUUCAAAAAACUCAAUCAUGGACGCAAAGUCAACAUUGUCGAUACGAUGUUUCAGAUGCUCGAAAAAUACUCCAACAACCUGGAAGAACUCAUUCGAGAACGAACCGAACAACUGGACUUUGAAAAGAAGAAAACCGAACAACUACUGAACAGGAUGCUCCCAAGGUUCAACGAUAACUCGGUGGCGGAAAAGCUUAAGUUAGGAAUGCCCGUCGAUCCCGAAGAAUUCGACGAGGUCACGAUCUAUUUCUCGGACAUUGUUGGAUUCACGACUAUUUCGGCUUAUUCGACGCCUUUCCAAGUUGUCGAUUUGCUCAACGAUCUCUACACUUGUUUCGACGCAACAAUCAAUGCGUAUGACGUUUACAAAGUGGAAACCAUAGGCGACGCAUAUAUGGUGGUCGGGGGAUUACCCGUACGCGUGCCAGAUCAUGCCGAGCAGAUUGCAACAAUGGCUUUGGACCUUCUUUAUCAAAGCGGAAAAUUUCGAAUAAGGCAUCUUCCAAACACACCCCUUCGUUUGCGCAUAGGUCUCCACACAGGACCUUGUUGUGCUGGGGUUGUCGGUCUUACAAUGCCAAGAUAUUGUUUGUUUGGUGACACCGUUAAUACAGCUUCUAGGAUGGAAUCUUCAGGAGCUGCUUGGCGAAUUCAUCUUUCGGAAGCUACGAAAUUGAAGUUGGAAAAGGCAGGAGGCUACGAGAUCGAAUAUCGGGGAUUGACUGAAAUUAAAGGAAAAGGGGUAAUGCCCACGUACUGGCUCUUGGGAAAGGAUGGCUUUGAAAAACAACUUCCAAUACCACCCUCUCUGGAGGAAAGUCAUGGAUUAGAUGAAAGUCUUAUAAUCCGAGUUCCCGUUUCAAACCAAAACUCUCAAGAUGUAGACGUACAUGAAGAAGUUGUAAGAGCCCCUGGCAAUAACAGACUUUCGAUUACUGACCAUCAUUUCGUCGAGCAAUUUUCGUCGAAGCCGCCUACCACCGACCCCACAUUUAUAAGGACCAUGGAGUCGUCGAAGUUCGCAACCCUUGGAAAACCCGACACGACAACUACUAAAGCUCAAGAAUAUCGAAUGGCCAAGAGCACUUCGAGCGAGACCCCGUUGUCGUUGGGAACUCCCGUUUCAGCCACCGAAGUGGCCGCUGCUCUUUUAGCCGUUUCUACUAACUCCUUACACGGUUUCAGAAACAGGCCGAGAAGCAGGAUUCAGGAGGAAGAAGAUCUAAGCACUCCGUAUAAUCAUUACAGAUGUCUUAGUCCGAAAGAACGUACAGGGAAAUUAUUACGUCGCCAAUUCAGUUUGGAUAAAACAGAAGAAUCUAGCAAGGAAUCAUCUCAAGAAGAGGUCCCUAGAAAAUUGUGCAAACAAAAUUCAGCAGGGGCUGCAGAUUUAGAGAAAAUAGAAGAGGCAAAUUCACAAAGUUUUACCCCCACGACUGUCGCUUCACCCUAUCACACGACCUUGUCAAUUUCUGUAGACUCCCUUAUGCGUUAGGAAUUGUUACUAGAAACUUAUUCCCUGGUAAUAAUAAAUAAAUCCAGAAGUCAAAGAAUGAAUAAAAACUAGUCUGAUACCCCAAUCAUUAAUUAAUAGGUGUUUUAAUUACAUAUUUAAUGUUUUAUGUAAAUAGAUACGGUGUUGUUGUAUAAGGCAGUGAUUAUGCAGGGCGAUAAUCACUCAUGUUGAUUAUUUUUUGACUUUAAGUGUUAACUGUUGAAUUUAAAAUAUUUAUAUAUG